UGUGCGUGAUUUAAACCCGAACUGCGCUCUAAAUGUCCAGCAAAAAUGAGCUGAAAUCGGACGCCUUACCUCGGGCAAUGUAGUCCGGAACCGUCCUCGUACCCUGUGGAGGCCUACCGUACCCAGGGCUCCCGAUGUUCUCGCUGCGCAUAGUGACAGUGGACCACUACCUGGCAGCUCCGGUGCCCCGGCUGGAUCCCGGAUUCUCCAGGCUGGGAGGAUGGGAGGUCUGGAAGGUGCCCGUCAUACGCAUCUUCGGGGUCACCUCCGGCGGGCAGAAGGCAUGCCUGCACGUGCACGGGGUGUUCCCCUACCUGUGCGUGCCGUUCGACGAGGACUCCGGAGAGCGUGCGGACAAGUUUGCGCCCAUGCUCGCCUCGGAGCUGGACCUGCUGCUGAACACGGCGGCGGGGAGGGCGGCCAGCAGGCAGCGCCACGUGCAUCACGUCGAGGCCUUCAGGGGCACGCCCCUCUAUGGCUUUCACAACAAGGAAAGGACCUUUUUGAAGAUCUACCUCUACAACCCGUACUCCGUGAAGAAGGUUGCCGAUCUUCUCCUCUCCGGCAUGGUGCUGAAGAAGGUGAUGCAGCCGCACGAAGCCCACAUCCCUUUCGCUUUGCAGUUCCUUAUUGACCAUAACCUACACGGGAUGAGCUUUGUGAAUGUGGGGAAGUUCAAGUUUCGGCGGGCCAACUUAGAUCUGGACUCCUCCAAACUGCCAGUCCGGAACUCAAGAUCUGACACGCACGUCUGGGUGCUGCGGGAUAUGCCUCCGGACAUGUUCCUUGACCUGCAGGUCCAGAAGCAGACCACAUGCGAACUCGAACUUGACUGCUCCUCGGAGGACAUCGUCAAUCCCAGGGAUGCGGACAAAGGUGAAAUGAACCCAGGCCUGUCCGCCCUGUGGCGGGACGAAGAGGAGAGGAGGGCGAGGCGAGGGGAUGCCUCCACCCUCGUGGCACCCCUCUCUCACGAUCGCCUGGGUGUGAUGAAGACCGACAGUGAGCUGUUCUACAUCAGGAAGUUGGACAAACUUUUGAGGGCUGCACAGUCUACUGAUAGGUAA